UAAUUUUUUCUCAUCAAGAUCAUCAUAUUUAGUUGGUUCAAAUGCUGGUGGUGGUGGUGGUGGUGGAUCAUCAAGCACUUCGUCAUCAAAUGUGACGAGUACGGCUGUACAACAGCCGCCUCCAUCAUCCAUAUUAAAUACGGUUACUGUAAAUUCAUCAACCAAUGUCAGUCAUCAUCAUCAUCAUCAUCAUCAUCAUCAAACAUCAGCACAAAAUGUUCUUGCAACAGCCGUACCAUCAUCAUCAUCAGUAACAGCAGCAGCAGCAUCAGUAACCAAUCCAUCAUCAGUAGGUUUACGGCCAUUGGCAAGCUUAUCAUUUGCUGCCGGUUUUCCAUGGGCAACCCGAGGUAAACCACGAAGAGGAAUGAUGCGUCGUGCCGUAUUUUCUGAUGCCCAACGACAAGGCCUAGAGAAACGUUUUCAAAUGCAAAAAUAUAUUAGUAAACCAGAUAGGAAAAAAUUGGCCGAAAAACUUGGUUUAAAAGAUUCACAAGUCAAAAUAUGGUUUCAAAAUCGUCGUAUGAAAUGGCGAAAUUCAAAAGAACGAGAACUUUUAUCCAACGGUGGAACUAGAGAACAAACAUUGCCAACAAAAAAUAAUCCAAAUCCAGAUCUCAGCGAUCCAAUUUGUACAAAAUCUGCAUCAUCCGUUUAUGGUCGUGUUGGUUUGUAUACGAAUAGUAAUUCAUCAUCAUCAACAUCUCAUACGAAAAGUAGUAAAUCAACAAUGAUAUCAUCAGCUAUUCAUAAUGGUAUAACGAAUGAUAAGAAUUCUUCAUCGCUCAAAUCAUCUGCAUUCAAAUCAUCUUCUUCAUCAACAUCGAUGACAAAAACAACAGUAACGAAUACAAAUUCUUUCUGUGAUAGUAUCAACAACAAUAAAAAGAGUCAUAAUUUGUAUUAUAAUAUAGAAAACUAUGCAAAUAAUAAGCCUAAAUUAUUCAGUAUUAAUAAUCUGAAUGAACAUAGAAAAUCACAUUCGAUGAACAUACAUCAUCAGACAUCCAGCGAUAAUAAUAAAAAUAUUGAUGACAUACGUCAUACGAAUUCCGGUACAGAAGAUUCAGAACAUGAUGAUGAAUAUGAUGAAAAAUUAAGCAAUUUUGAAGAUAAUCAAGAUGAAAUGGAUGAUGAAAUGGAUUAUCAUAGUGAUGAUGAUGAUGAUCAUCAUCAUCAUCUUAAUAAUAAUAUCCAUGAUAUCAAUGAUAAUGAUGAUGAUGACGACGAUGACGAAGAUUCGGAAAUCAAAGUUGAAGAUUGAUCAAUCAAUAGAGCUUUCAAGCGUCACUAAUUUCCGGAUGUAUUCCAAACAGACAGACACACACACACACACACACACACACACAUUGCAAACUAUAAUUUGAUCAUCUAGUGAUCAUCUUUUUUUUCUCACAUCUAUUCAUUCAAUUGUCAUUAAUAUAUAUUAUA